CAGUUCCACGCAAAGAUGCUUCGCCUACUGAUCUUCCUGGGAGUGGGCAUCCGCAUCCUGGGCUGCCAGGCAGCCUGCAAUAAGUGCCUCCGAAACAAAGUUUCCUGCGUAUCCCAGAACGAGUUCCAGUUGUGCUCCUCCGAUGGUGUGGCCAUCGGAGGUCUGUACACCUGCCCCUCGGGAUACCAUUGCGUUGAAAGCACACCAUUUUGCAGUUCCUCGUCAGUCGAGCCAGCCUGUCCAGGAUGCAAUAAGUGCAGCAGUGACAAUCGCUUUGCCUGCACCAGUCGAAAUACCUUCGCAUUGUGUCUAGGAGACCCUACUCCCAGUACUUCGAUGGGAAGUUGCGGCUCGGAUUUGGUGUGCAACGUGUACAACCCCAUCUGUGGCAAUCCCGCCAUGUUCUCAGUGACCUGCUCCGACUCAGGUUCAGGAACCUGCGGAUCAACGACCAUCACAAAUGCCACCGACUAUUGUCGAUCCAUGAAAAAAGCAGGAAGAUUUCCCUAUGGCAGGGUAACCUCCACCACAUGUAGGCAAUAUGUGAACUGUUACACUGCUGCUGGCAUAUACUACGGAAACGUUUACACCUGCCCCGGACAUACUUAUUUCGACAGUACUUCCAGCCUUUGUACUACUCAAACGCAGGCCAGAUGCUCGGAUACUGUAUCUUGUUUGACUUUGAAUGACCGAUUGUUGCUGUAGAGCUCAAAUUGUGCGGGCUUAGCGCAUAUUUAUUGUGUUUGUAAACAGAGGGCAAGGGAAUCUUAAUCAAAUAAAAUAAGUGCAUUAUAAAA